AUGGAGGAUAUUAAAGAAUUUGAAGAUUGGUAUAAUAUAUUAAAAAUAGAAUCAACGGCUACAACCAAUCAAAUUCAAAAUGCAUACAGAAAAUUAGCUAAAAUAUACCAUCCAGAUAAGAACAAAACAACAGAGGCAGUUGUAAUGUUUGAAAAGAUAUCGAUUGCACAUACGACAUUAUGCAAUGAAGAAAAGAGGAAAUUAUUUGAUUCUCAAUUAUUUGCAAAAAAAGAAAAGAAGAGAAAAGAGAUGGAAAUGGGUAACGCUAGAAAAAAGAUGAAAGAGGAUUUACUAUCACGUGAGAGUAUACAUAAAAAACGAAAAGACAACGAAGAAUUACAGCGUAAACAUGUGGAGCAACAGAACGAACAAUUUAAACAAGAUUUUAUAAAUCAAAUAAAUAAACAAAUGAAAGAGGAGCAACAAAAACAUCGAGAUCAAUUUAAAAAGGAUCAGGAGUAUCAGUUGGUUGUUAAAUUAAAAUGGAAGUCCAAACUAAACUAUACCCAAGAUUAUAUACAAAAUUUAUUGGCCAGUUACGGUGAAGUCGACUCAUUCACCUUUGUAGAAACUCCAAGCUCUUCUUCAUCUAUAGCGUUGGCUGGUUUCCAAUUACUGGACUCAGUUUUACAAAUUUUAUUAAAUAAAGACGAUCUAAAAAGCAAAUAUAAAAUUAAAGUCGAAAGAUUUAAAGGAUCCAAUAAUGGCGACUCAACAGAUAAUAUAAUAUUUACAAAUUCAAAUUCGAAUGGAGUUAACACCAAUACUGCUACAAGUACAUUUAAAUCAUCAAACUCAACAACUACAACCACCACCACAACAACAACAAAUACUUCCUCAUCAUCAUCAUCAUCAUCAAUCAGCCCAAAUAUAACAAUAACAACAACAACUAGUAAUAGUAAUAGCAAUACAAAAAUACCAGAUUUAAAUUUUGAUGAUGAUGACGAAGACGAUAUCUUAUUAAAAAUGAAAAGUUUUAAGAAAUAA